AUGGACGGCUACCGUAGAGGCAGAGAAGGGCCCAUGGACUGGGAGGUCACCCAAGAUGCCACCGCCGCACCCUCUUCCUCUCGCCUCGCCUCCACCCACAACGACGACGCCAUGGACAUUACAUUUCAGGACGAAUCUAUCAGAGACGUCAGCAUGGCCGACGAGGAUGCUGAUGAUACGCAGACUGGGGAGAUUAUUCAAGACGGCGCCAAUGAACAUUUGUCCAGCGAUGCGGCUGCGAUUGAAGAGAUUCCUCGUCCGCGAGACGAAGCAAGCAAAGCAUCUUCUUCAAAAAAUGCCUCAUCAUCAUCCGCCCUCGUAUCCCUCUUCGGAUCCAAGUCGACCAGGCAGAGGUCAAAGAAAUCAAGGAGGAGGAGAGGCAGCCACAGUAGCGUCGGAAGCAGUGUGGGAGAUAAGGAUGAGGGGCAUGGAGCAGCAGGGCAAUGGCCACUGGCCCCCGUGGUAGGCACUGUCAUCAACUACCUCGUACCCCCGGUGCCAGCUCCAUCAGCCGCCUCGGCUGCCUCAUCGCAUCAAUACACCGAGCAACAGCUACGGAGAGUCAGUGCAGCUCAAAAAGCACACAAUACCCUUCAUCCCAGAGAGAAGCCCCUCCUACUGCUGAGCUAUGCUCAGCUGGCUUUCAAUUCGUCGCUGCUACUUCUGGCCGGCUACGUCGUCUUUGCACUGGUCUGGACCAUCAGACUAGACGUUGUUGAAAGGCUGAGGGAAAUUGAAGAUGCCUAUCACCACUCUAUUGCUACUUGCCAACGAUCCCACUCCCUCAAUUGCCUCAUCGUACCCCUUCCGCCGGCCCUAAUCGCAGCAUGUGACGAGUGGGAGAGAUGCUCGCACAGGAAGCUGACAGAAGUCCUAGGCGGAUCCAGACUACGCGUAGUCAUUGAAGUGCUCUCGGAAGCCUGGGAGGUCGGAGUGGGAGGGCUCGGCUGGAGGACAUUGGGCUUUUCGCUGCUGCUGCUCAGCGUCAUCUUAGGUGGAGCCAAUAGCACUCUCAAUGGAUUGCGCAUGGGCGUGUUGCGCAAAUCUCGUCGUAGCAAGGGACGUCAACAGCAGGAGGAAGAGGAAGAAGAAGCAGAAGAGGCAGAAAGGCGGCGUCUGCGGAGAGAGAGGGCAGAGAGGGAGACGAUGGCUCUCUCGUCGGGUGCGUCUUACUCUUCGGCACAAGCUCUACCUCCUCCUCCGUCGGCCUACGCAGCCUUUUCGCCUCACCACAUCGAUCCUUACGGCUUUCAACGCAACCCGCCCUUCUACGUCAUGGAUCAGUCUGCCAGUCCCUCCACUAUGCACAGUCCUCCAGUCAGGGCGAGGGGCCGGAAUCCUCUGUAUGCAGUGCCGAGGGCGCGUCCGCAGAACGAUGACGCCAGUGAAGGUUGGGUCGAUGAAGAUUAA